CCCCGCUUUUUCGCCUGCCGUGAGCAGGAAAUUAAUAACUGAAACCCCAAAAAUGAAACGAAAAGGCAAAACUCCUGAAAAGAUCGAACAAGGAUUAGGGAUUUUCGGGCGUUCCAUCCAGUUUCCAGACAAAACAAACUAAACAAAUUAGGUCCUUUUGGGCUUUAAGCUGAAGGAGGGAUAUAAGAAGGGACUCGGCACAAUUGAUUUCUCGUAUGAAAAGAAAGAUUAGGGUUUUAUAAUGAAAGUGCAGAGGUUUAUGGAUUCUGGAAGCUCUUCUUGGGUCCAUUGUAUUUAAAGCAGUGUAGCUGCGAUUUGAAGACCCAUUUGCUCCAUUCUUAAUGGGUUUAUUCUACCAGAACGCCUGAGCUCUGAUACAGGCUGUUCUGCAAAAGGGUAGUUUCCUCUCUGCAAAUCUUCAGUUUCCGACUGUUCGGAGGUCGAGUUCUUGCAAAGUGCGUCUCCAUUUGCUAUGAAGAUUGGGUUUUUGGAGGGAAAGGGUGCAUGCUGGUGACGACUGAGCUGGGUUUCUUUGAGUUAUGCUGGAUUCGAGAGCUUGGAUAAUCAAAUUGGUCAGACAUUUUAAUUUUAUCAGUGUUUGGGUGACACCACCUUGUUGGGAUUGGAAUGAAGCUCCUUAGGAUUUUGCUGCUCUCCCACUUUUUACUCUCUGCCAUGGGACAGCUUCCAUCACAGGACAUCUUGGCACUGCUUGAGUUCAAGAAAGGAAUCAAACAUGACCCGACAGGUUAUGUGCUUAAUUCAUGGAACGAAGAGUCCAUUGACUUGAAUGGAUGCCCUUCCUCUUGGAAUGGGAUUUUGUGCAAUGGUGGCAAUGUUGCAGGAGUUGUGCUUGAUAAUCUUAGUUUAUCUGCAGAUGUAGAUUUGAGUGUUCUCUCAAACCUCACAAUGCUUGCAAAUCUUUCCAUUGCAAAAAACUUGAUUACAGGUAAUUUGCCAAGCAAUAUCGGUGACUUCAAAAGCCUAGAGCAUUUGGAUUUAUCGGACAAUAUGUUCUCAUCGUCUUUACCAGUGGGAAUUGGUAAGUUAGGGAGCUUAAAGAACCUUUCAUUGGCUGGUAACAACUUCUCUGGCUCUAUUCCAGAUUCAAUUUCAGGGCUUGCUUCAAUCCAAUAUUUGGAUAUGAGUCGCAACUCCUUUUCUGGGCCACUGCCAUCUUCUCUUGGAAAAUUGAUAAAUUUGGUAUCUCUUAAUCUCUCUCUCAAUGGGUUCACAAAGAACAUUCCAAAAGGGUUGGAGUUAUUUGCAAAUCUUGCAGUGGUUGACUUGCAUGGAAAUAUGCUCGAUGGUAGCAUAGAUGCAGAGUUCUUACUUCUUACCAAAGCAGUUCAUGUUGAUUUAAGUGGGAAUUUAUUGGCCACUUCAGCUGCUUCACCACAGAACAAGUUUAUACCUGGAGUAUCAGAGACUAUUAAGUAUUUAAAUCUUAGCCAAAAUCAACUCAGAGGGUCUCUUGUAAGUGGGGGUGGAACACAGAUAUUUGAGAACUUGAGCAUUUUGGAUUUGAGCUACAAUCAGUUGUCUGGCGAGUUGCCUGAAUUUAAUUUUGUCUACGACCUUCAGGUUCUCAAGCUUAGCAACAACAAAUUUUCUGGCUAUGUUCCUAAUGGCCUUCUUAAAGGAGAUUCUUUGGUUCUAGCUGAGUUGGAUUUGAGUGGCAACAACCUCUCAGGGCCAAUAAGUAUGAUCACAUCAAGUUUGCGCAUACUUAAUCUCUCGUCUAAUAUGCUUUCUGGGCAACUCCCAUUGCUGACUGGAAGCUGUGCAGUACUUGAUCUGUCAAAGAACCAUUUUGGAGGAAAUUUAAGUAGGUUGGCUAAAUGGGCAAAUGUUGAGAUCCUGGAUCUCAGCCAGAACAAUUUGACAGGGUCCAUCCCUGAGGUAACUUCGCAGUUUUUGCGUUUAAAUUACCUCAACCUCUCUCACAAUUUUCUCAGCGGUUCCAUGCCAAAAGUUAUUGCAACCUUUCCUAAACUCACAGUUCUUGAUCUCAGCUUCAACCACUUAGACGGGGCUCUUCUAAUUGACUUGCUAAAAUCUGCUACUUUGCAAGGGCUUUAUCUCCAAAGUAAUUUUCUUGUUGGAAGUAUUAAAUUCUCUCCUUCUUCCUCUUUCGAGACAAAUCUUCGAGUCCUUGAUCUUUCUCACAACCAGCUGAAUGGCUAUUUUCCUGAUGGAUUUCGGUCAUUAACUGGACUUGAAGUGCUCAGUCUUGCUGCAAAUGAUUUAUCUGGUUCGUUGCCAACAUCCAUGAAUGAUAUGAGCUCCCUUACUUCAUUAGAUAUCUCCCAGAAUCAUUUCACAGGAGCAUUGCCUAAUAACUUGUCAAACAGUCUUGGAAGCUUUAAUGCAUCAUACAAUGAUCUUUCUGGGGUUGUCCCCAAAAAUCUGCAAAGGUUUCCGCUAUCUUCUUUUUACCCUGGAAAUUCCAGAUUACUAUUUCCAAAUGGUCCUCCCCAACCUGGCCACAUGCCUACUGGAAAUUCCAAGAGAAAACCCAUAAAAAAUACAGUCAAAGUGGUGGUGAUAGUUGUUUGUGUGGUUGCUGUGAUUACGUUGAUCAUGCUUGCCAUUGUCAUACAUUAUAUCCGCAUAUCGAAGAAGAGGCAUCUUCCACAACAUGUUGCAAACAAGGACAUACACAGACGGACCCCUUCAAAUCCUUCUGGCUUUAGUGGAGGGGACAGUGCUGGCCCUUUAGUUGUUUCAGCUGGGGAUCUUAUGACUUCUCGAAAAGGAUCCUCAUCAGAGGUAAUUAGUCCUGAUGAGAAAAUGGCAGCUAUAACUGGCUUUUCUCCAUCAAAAAACAGUCAUUUUUCUUGGUCACCGGAGUCUGGAGAUUCAUAUACUGCAGAGAACCUUGCACGGCUGGAUGUUACAACUCCAGAUAGAUUAGCUGGUGAGCUGCAUUUUCUUGAUGAUACAAUUUCCUUGACACCUGAGGAAUUAUCCAGAGCCCCAGCUGAAGUUCUGGGGAGGAGCAGCCAUGGGACUUCCUACAGGGCAACGCUUGAUAAUGGGGUGUUGUUGACUGUAAAAUGGUUGAGAGAAGGGGUUGCGAAGCAGAGGAAGCAUUUCGCAAAGGAGGCUAAAAAAUUUGCAAAUAUCCGACACCCAAAUGUGGUGGGUUUGAGAGGGUACUACUGGGGACCAACGCAGCAUGAGAAGCUUAUUCUUUCAGACUAUAUCUCACCUGGAAGUCUUGCAAGCUUUCUCUAUGAUCGACCGGGAAGAAAGGGUCCGCCACUGUCCUGGACUCAAAGGCUCAAAAUAGCUGUUGAUGUUGCACGUGGCCUAAAUUAUCUCCAUUUCGACCGUGUCAUUCCACACGGCAACCUUAAAGCGACCAACAUACUCUUAGACGGGCCUGAUCUGAAUGCGCGUGUUGCUGAUUACUGCCUCCACCGGCUCAUGACCCAGACCGGAACCAUUGAACAGAUCCUUGAUGCCGGGGUGUUGGGAUAUCGGGCACCGGAACUGGCAGCAUCCAAGAAACCACUGCCCUCCUUCAAGUCUGAUGUUUAUGCCUUUGGAGUGAUUCUUUUGGAACUUCUAACCGGCAAGUGUGCCGGGGAUGUGGUUUCUGGUGCAGAUGGAGGAGUGGACUUGACCGAUUGGGUGCGCUUGAGGGUAGCUGAAGGUCGUGGGUCGGAAUGCUUUGACGCUGUAUUGGCACCUGAGAUGGGAAACCCAGUUGCAGAAAGGGGAAUGGAGGAGGCACUCGCAAUAGCUUUACGAUGCAUUCGUAAUGUUUCUGAGAGGCCAGGAAUCAAGACCGUAUACGAAGAUCUUUCUUCUAUAUGAUCUAUAGUACUCAUUUCUGUGGCUGUAUUUUAUGUUCAGCUGGGAAUCAAAUUCUCAUUGGUGUCCCAUUCAGAGUCAAAAAGGUUGGCGUUUUAGUGUGACUUGCUAACUAAUUAACUUUGUUGAUGAUUGUUGUAAAGCUGGGGCCACAUUCUUCCCCUUUCAUGGGGGAGGUAUGAUCACUAAUUUCAAUUGGCUUUGAUUGACCAAAACGAGCUUGAGCGUGCCCAAAUGUGGCCAUCGAAUGUCUGUUCUUGCUACUUGCUGUAGCUGCUUCACGCAGUAUGCAAAAUCUGAUGGGCUUCAGACGCAUUAUGUUUCGGAUCUGCCAGAGCUUAGGUUUUCUUGAUAGUUGAGUUGU